UACUGCAUGCUCUUCGGGACCUACAUGCGCCUCAAGGACGACAACGGGCUCUGGAAGCCUGAGGGAACCUUCAGGAGGCUUGCCAACGCUGAGCUGUGGAAGGAGUUCUUUGAGAGCUUGCUGAACAUCCCCAGCUGCCAGCAGCUGCCUUCCCUGGGAGCCCUGCGCCAGAAGCUCAGGGAUCUGUUCUGCAGGUCCUACACGAAGGAAAUCAGGUUCCUGCGGAACAGACUCGUCGUGCUGCUCAUCGAGCACAAACGCUCGCGGAAAUAGAGCUGAGUUUG